GGAGGGGUCCGGGAGCCGCGGAUAACACUUUACUGUCGGGAAGAUUCUGGGCCCGGAUUGCCCCGCUUCCUGGUGUUCAGUGAGCCGACAUGUCUGACGAAGCGGAAGGUGGCUCUGAGCAGGAUGAUGUCUCGUUCUUGCGCACGGAUGACAUGGUAUGCUUGCAAUGUACAGCUACCGGAGAAAGAGUAUGCCUUGCUGCCGAAGGCUUUGGCAACAGGCAUUGUUUUUUGGAGAACAUUGCAGACAAGAAUACUCCACCAGAAAUGUCAUCCUGCGUCUUUGUCAUCGAACAAGCGUUAUCAGUCCGUGCAUUGCAGGAGAUGGUUACAGCAAUGUCAUCAGAAUCGGGAAAAAGCACGCAAUCUGGACACAGAACGUUGCUUUACGGCCAUGCAGUGUUACUCAGGCAUCAAAACAGCAACAUGUAUCUAGCAUGCCUUUCAACCAGCUCGUCCAAUGACAAACUAGCAUUUGAUGUAGGCUUACAAGAGCACAGUCAAGGGGAAGCGUGUUGGUGGACAAUCCACCCAGCAUCAAAACAGAGAUCUGAAGGUGAGAAAGUGAGAGUAGGAGAUGAUCUCAUUUUAGUAAGCGUUGCCACAGAAAGAUAUUUGCAUACAGCUCGUGAAGGAACCGAAACUAUAGUAAAUGCAAGUUUUCACUUGACCCAUUGGUCUGUAGCACCUUUUGGAACUGGAGCAAGUCGAGUUAAAUCUGUCGGAUACGUCUUUGGUGGAGAGGUGUUGAGGUUUUUUCACGGAGGCGAUGAAUGCUUAACGAUUCCUCCAACAUGGGCAGAUGCACCCGGUCAAAACAUUGUGGUUUACGAAGGAGGAGCUGUACUUAAUCAAGCAAGAUCUCUGUGGAGGUUGGAGUUGAUAAGAACUAAAUGGGCUGGAGGAUUUGUAAACUGGGGUUAUCCGCUGCGAGUUCGUCACAUUACUACUGGAAGAUAUUUAGCUUAUAAUGAAAACCGUGAAGUUUGUCUGGUUAAUAAAGAUGAAGCAUCAGUAGCGGCAUCUGCUUUUGGCUUGCGACAAAACAAAGACGACAAAAAAAUUGUACUCGAUGAAAAAGAAGAAGAAGUUCUUGGAUCGCCACUUGUUAAAUAUGGUGACACCACCGUCUUUUUACAACAUCAAGAAACAGGCUUGUGGCUUUCAUAUAGAACAUACGAAACGAAGAAAAGAGGUGUUGGAAAAGUUGAAGAGAAACAGGCCAUUAUGUCCGAAGAAGGUAAGAUGGAUGACGGUUUGGAAUUCAGUCGAUCUCAGGAAGAGGAAUCUCGGACGGCAAGAGUCAUUAGAAAAUGCAGUUUCCUGUUCAACAGAUUCAUAACUGGCUUAGAUUCUCUUCAAAAAGAGCAAAGUGAAGCAGUUCGAUUCACUUCAGCAGACUUGGAAGAAAUCAUAUUUUGCUUAGAGGAUCUUAUUGCGUACUUUGCUCAACCUGAAGAGGACAUUGAGCAUGAAGAAAAGCAAAACAAAUUGAAGGCUCUGCGAAACCGUCAAGAUUUAUUUCAAGAGGAGGGAAUCUUGAAUUUAAUUUUGGAAACCAUAGAUAAAAUAAACAUGAUAUCUAGUGCUGGAUAUUUAGCAGCUUUUACUGGAGAGGAAGCUGCAGGAUUAUGGGAUGCUAUUUCAGGGUAUUUGUACCAAUUAUUAGCUGCUGUAAUUAAAGGAAAUCAUACUAAUUGCGCACAAUUUGCUCAGUCGAACAGGCUGGAUUGGCUUUUUAGUAGAUUGGGUAGCCAACAAGCUGCAGAAGGAACUGGUAUGUUAGAUGUACUUCAUUGUGUCUUGAUUGACAGUCCUGAAGCUCUGAAUAUGAUGAAAGAAGACCAUAUAAAAGUCAUUAUAUCUUUGCUUGAGAAACAUGGUCGAGACCCGAAAGUAUUAGACGUCCUCUGUUCUCUCUGCGUAGGUAACGGAGUAGCUGUAAGAAGCAGUCAAAACAAUAUCUGUGAUAAUUUAUUGCCUGGAAGAAGUUUACUUCUUCAAACUCGUCUUGUGGACCAUGUUGCCAGCAUGCAUCCUAACAUUUUUGUUGGAAAAGUAGAUGGUUCCGCCAUGUUCCGAAGAUGGUACUUUGAAGCUAUGGUGGAUCACUGCGAGACCGUUUCACAUUUAGAGCCACAUUUUCGAGUUGGUUGGGCAAAUACGAAAGGCUACGUUCCGUACCCUGGAGGAGGUUUAAAAUGGGGUGGAAAUGGUGUCGGUGAUGAUAUCUACUCCUAUGGAUUUGAUGGUGCUUUUAUGUGGGCAGGUGGACGAUCAAACAAAGUUCGCCACGUUGAAACUCCUUUUAUUCAAAAGGGUGAUGUUAUCGGCUGCGUUUUAGACCUCAAUGUUCCUCUUAUGUCUUUUACGGUUAAUGGUAUUAAAGUAAAAGGUUGUUUCAAAAAUUUCAACACAGACGGCAUGUUCUAUCCAGUUAUAAGUUUUUCAGCGAAGUUAAGCUGUCGAUUUAUAAUGGGCGGUGAUCAAGGAAGAUUGCGCUACGGACCCCCAGAUGGACACUCCCCUCUUGUAGAAUCUUUGCAACCAAAACAAAUCUUAACGGUGGAUCCCUGUUUCCAGUUUGGAGAGCUCAGCAAAGGAGUUAUUUUUGGCCCAAUGCUCGAGUUAGAUGAUACAGCUUUUGUGCCAGCACCAGUUGAUACCACAGGAGUUACCCUUCCAGGAUAUGUUGAAAAUGUUCGAGAUAAGCUAGCAGAGAAUAUUCAUGAAGUAUGGGCAAUGAACAAAAUUGGUGCUGGGUGGUUAUAUGGAGAAGCAAGAGAUGAUGCUCGGAAAAAACAUCCAUGUCUGACUUCUUUCGAUAGACUUCCAAUGGCAGAAAAACGAUACGACACAACAUUAGCAUUGCAGACUCUUAAAACAAUAAUGUCUUUAGGUUAUCAUAUCACAGUGGACAAGCCACCUGCUAGAAUAAGAAGCAUCAAACUUCCAAAUGACCCAUUUUUGCAAUCUAAUGGUUAUAAACCAGCUCCCCUGGAUCUACACGCCAUUACAUUAAAUCAAAAAAUGGAUGAGCUUGUUGAAUUACUUGCUGAAAACACCCAUAACGUAUGGGCAAAAGAACGUAUACACCAAGGAUGGACAUAUGGACUAAGUGAGGACAGUAUGCUGAAGCGCAGCCCACAUUUGGUACCUUAUAAAAAUGUCGACGAUGCUAUCAAGAAAGCUAACAGGGAUACUGCAAGUGAAACAGUUCGAACACUCUUGACCUAUGGUUAUAUUUUAGAUCCACCAUCUACAGAAGCUUUAGAAGGCGCUGUUGGAAAGAAAGAUUUAGUUAAAUACGAUCAAAGAACAUACCGAGCUGAAUCCACAUACGCUGUUAUAUCUGGAAAAUGGUAUUUUGAGUUUGAAAUCAUGAGCCCUGGAUCAAUGAAAGUUGGUUGGGCCACAUUGUCUUUUGUACCUUCAGUUGAACUAGGAGGUGAUGAACAUUCUUGGGCUUACGACGGCCACUUGGGUUGCAAAAAGCAUGGAGGAGGAACUGAAGGUUAUGGAAAACAAUGGCAAGUUGGAGAUGUUGUAGGAUGUCUCUUAGAUUUGCAUGAUCGAACAAUUAGUUACACGCUGAACGGUGAACUGUUGCUAGACGCUAUGGGAGGAGAAGCAGCUUUUAGUGAUAUAUCACCGGAUGAAGGAUUCGUUCCAGCGUUUACCUUUGGUAUUGGACAAAAAGCCAAACUAGUAUUUGGACAAGAUGUUAAUCACCUGAAAUACUUCACAGUUUGUGGUUUGCAAGAAGGAUUUGAGCCUUUCUGCGUGAACAUGAAUCGCAAUAUGACUUUCUGGUAUAAUAAGGAUGAAGCCAUCUUUACAAAUGUUGAUGAUAUGACAGAAUCGCCGAUUGAUGUAACGAGAAUUCCUCCUGGUACGGAUACUCCUCCCGCUCUUAAAAUUUCUCACAGACUGUACGAAACUGUCGACAAAGUUAAUUACGAAUUCGUAAGAUUAAGCCUUCCAGUAGCUUGCAAUGAUGAAUACAUUGACGAGCUGGGAAAAGCCCAAAAUUGGGAGGAAAUACGACGACGACAAAGAGGUCAGUUAGCAGCCAGAGCUGGAUUAAGGCAUCCAGCUAAUUUGGAGCACCAUAUGCUAAAAAGUGGGUUUAGUCUAUCAGAUGUUAAAGAUUUACAAAGAGGGUAUUCUGAAGACGCAGCUGAAACUGACGACCAUCGAGGCACUAUGCCCAAACGACAUUCCAUGGAUAUGGCAAUGAACUUGGCUGUACCAGAUAUGACAGAUCCUUCCAAACUUCGAGCCACUUCAAGUGAAGAUCUUCACAAGAAGCAAAUGAGUGCAGAAAGUGGUGCGGAAAGUGAUGCUGCAGGAAUGGAACCAGAUAGACCAAAACGUAGGGGUAGAUCUCCGUUUCGUUUCUUCAAGAAGAAAGAUGAGAAACCACCACCUGAAGCAUACACUGAUCCUCAAGUGGCAAGAGGUAAGGGCAUGGAAGGACCAUCUGGAACUAGCCUAACUAUACGAGAUCCAUCCCUUCGAGCAUCGGCAACUCAACUUGUUCCUCCAGCAGUACCAGACAGACCAGGAGCUUUGAGUCCUACUGCUGCUGAAAGAGCAUCUUCUCCUCGUCGUCUUUCAAGGAUUCCAACUGAAGUUUCCCCUCCAGAAGAUGGAAGUGACUAUCUGGACUCGAGUUCUUUGGAUCUAGUUGACGAGUACUUCUAUGGCAUUCGCAUUUUCCCAGGGCAAGAGCCGAACCAUGUUUAUUGUGGAUGGGUCACAACAACGUAUAAACAAUUUGACACAACUUUCGACACAAAUAGGAUACGAAAAGUCGUCUAUCAAAGGUUUGACGAAGGAGCCUACCAAGAAAUAAUGGACCGUCAAGAUUGUUACAUGGUAUGUGCUGGACAACUUCAUUCCGACGUCACGCAAGGAGAAGGAGGCUCAAGAAGUUCUAAUCAAGGAAUGGUUGUUGGAUGUCACGUCGAUACUUCAAUGGGAAUUAUUUUUUUCACUGCCGAAGGACAACCCACUCGUUACAGUUUUAAAGUUGAGCCCGGUACCAAACUUUUCCCUGCUGUCUUCUUCGAAGCUACAAGUAAAGAAGUAUUACAGUUUGAGCUCGGCAGAACUCCUACCACACUUCCCUUAUCCUCUGCUGUUCUUCGUAGCACAGAAAGGCAUCUCACACCACAGUGUCCUCCAAGACUAAAGGUCCAAUGUUUGCAACCGUACCAAUGGGCUCGCGCUCCAAACAUCAACUUAAAACCACAUGCAUUGAAGUUGUCUGAUAUACGUGGUUGGAGUAUGCUUUGCGAAGAUCCUGUUUCUAUGUUAGCCGUUCACAUUCCAGAAGAAGAUCGUUGUAUAGAUGUUUUGGAGCUUAUUGAGCGAGAGAAGUUAUUGAGUUUUCACGCUCAUACUCUGGCGCUUUAUGGUGCCCUAUGCUUCCAAGGAAAUCACAGAGCUGCUCAUAUUAUCUGUGGUCAUGUUGAUGAAAAGCAACUGAUGUAUGCCAUUCAAUCAGAAUACAUGUCUGGACCUCUGAGGACAGCUUUUACAGAUUUACUUAUAGCACUUCAUUUGGAAUUCCACGCCUAUGCCAGGAGCUUAACACAGAAUGAAUUCAUUUUACCUUUGGGUCCAGAUCUCCGUGCUAUGUACGAAGAACCAGCUUCUGCACAUAGCUUAUCAACGAUGCAGUACUCCUCCAUUCGCCCGGAAAUGACUAUGAGUCCGAUUGCAGAAAAGAUAGUCUCAUUAAAAGACCUCAGUACACCUUAUUUUCCAAUGGAAAAUUUGAAGCAAUUUAUUAUGGACGCUUUAAAUGAUGCUGUGUGCAAAGGGAAUAGACCAAACAGGGAUCCAAUUGGAGGAAGCAAUGAGAAUCUUUUUGUGCCAAUCAUUAAAUUAGCCGACAAAUUGUUGCUUAUUGGUCUUAUAAAUGACGAAGAACUUCAGUGGCUCUUGCGUUUAAUUGAUCCAGAAAAUUUCGACCCAGAAUUCAACGCCGAAAACGAAAAUCAAGUUCGAGGGUUAUUGACUAUGAACCUGGCUGAAGGCGUAAAACUUCAAAUGUGUUACCUCUUGCAUCAUUUAUUCGAUUUGCAACUGAGACACAGAAUUGAAUCUAUGCUAGCUUACUGCGAUGAUUAUGUUAGCGAAUUGCAAAGCGACCAGCUGCGAAGGUAUAUUGAAAUUAAACAAUCAGAUAUGCCGUCUGCUGUUGCUGCAAGGAAAACAAGAGAAUUCCGAUGUUCCCCUAAAGAACAGAUGAGAGCAAUCUUGUGCUUCAAAAACUUAGAAGAAGAUCAAGCAGACCAAUGUUCUUGUGGGGAAGAUUUGCGUGAAACCUUGGUAAAUUACCAUGAGGAGUUGGUCAGUCGUAUAAAAGGUUUUUGUUCUUCCGAAGAGAAAGAAGAAACGGAAGAAAAAUCUGAAGAACCAUCCAAACCAUGGACUCAGCGGAUAUUGAACAUUGUGAAGAUGGUAAAAGCAGCAGAUCAAGAAACUGAAACUACAGAAAAGGAAGGCCCGAGAGCAGAAGAAUUACUGCAAAAGAAAAUUGUGAUAACAUUAGUCAAAUGGGCUGAGGAGACUGAAUUUGAAAAUCGAGAGCUUGUGCGGCAAAUGUUUCAUCUUCUACUUCGAGCAUUUAAUGGUAUAGGAGAGAUGAUGAACGCAAUGGAAAAUACUUAUACGAUAAGUACCAACAGCAAAGACGAUGUUGUAGUGCUUCUGGGAUAUUUACAACGAGUUCGAGCACUUCUUCCAGUACAAAUGGGUCCGGAAGAGGAAGAAAUAAUGCGGAAUAGUUUAUGGGCAAUGGUCAGCAACCGCGUAUUCUUCCAGCAUCCUGAUCUCAUUCGCAUUUUAAGAGUUCACGAAAAUGUCAUGAAAGUGAUGAUCAACACUCUUGCGAAAAGAGCUCAAAGUGAUUCUGGACCGAAUACAUCUCACGAGAUGGUUGUUGCCUGCUGUCGAUUCUUAUGCUUUUUCUGUCGCACAGGAAGGCAAAAUCAAAAAGCCAUGUUUGAACACUUGGGUUUUCUUCUGGAGAACAGCAACAUCCUCCUUUCGCGUCCAUCUCUUCGAGGCUCAACGCCUCUCGAUGUGGCUUAUUCAUCACUAAUGGAAAACAGUGAACUUGCCUUGGCUCUUAGAGAACAUUAUUUGGAAAAGAUAGCUAUUUAUCUUUCGAGAUGUGGUUUGCAAUCCAAUCAAGAAUUGCUGGAUAGAGGAUAUCCUGAUGUAGGUUGGGAUCCAGUGGAGGGAGAACGUUAUCUUGAUUUCUUGAGAUUUUGUGUGUGGGUCAACGGAGAAAGCGUGGAAGAGAAUGCCAAUUUAGUUAUUCGCUUGCUGAUUCGUCGUCCUGAAUGUUUGGGACCUGCUCUCCGUGGUGAAGGUCCAGGACUUCUUGCAGCCAUCAAAGAAGCUAUCAAAAUGUCUGAAAAGAUUUCUGCUGAAAAACUGGCUAGUGGAGCAGCAACAGAGGAAGAUGAAGAUUAUAUUGAUAUGGGAUGUGCAAUCUUGAACUUUUAUUGCGUUCUUGUAGACCUUUUAGGUCGUUGUGCACCAGAAGCUUCAGCAAUUGCUCAAGGAAAGAAUGACUGCAUUCGAGCUCGAUCCAUCCUUCGGUCUUUAGUACCUAUGAAAGAUUUAGAAGGAGUUCUCAGUUUGCGGUACAAUCUUUUAACACCACAAGAAGGUGACAGCGACAUGCCAGUCGGACUGCAACCAAAUCACAAGCAAUCCAUCGUUCUGUUCUUGGAGCGAGUGUAUGGUAUUGAAAGUCAAGAAACGUUUUUCAGAUUGUUAGAAGACGCUUUCUUGCCAGAUCUUCGAGCAGCAACAAUGCUUGAGCGGUUUGAUGGCUCUGAAAGUGAAAUGGCUCUAGCUCUAAAUCGUUACAUUGGAAAUUCUGUCUUGCCUAUUUUGAUAAAAUACUGCCAUUACUUUGGAGAUGCUGAUAACUACGCGAGCUUACUGGAUGCAACUCUUCAUACAAUUUAUAGACUAUCUAAGGUUAAAAUCCUAACAAAAGGUCAAAGAGAAGGUGUUUCGGAUUUCCUUGUAGCUUUAACACAUGAAAUGCAGCCGAGUAUGUUGGUUCGUUUGCUCAGAAAGCUAACAGUUGAUGUCUCUGUACUCACUGAAUAUACUACUGUUGCAUUAAGGCUGUUGACAUUGCAUUUUGAACGUUGUGGAAAGUAUUAUGGUGCUCCUGGAGGACAAGGUGCUUAUGGUGCUUCAUCUGAAGAGGAAAAGAGAUUGACCAUGAUACUCUUCACAAACAUCUUUGAUUCUCUCGCAAAAAUGGAAUAUGAUCCUGAAUUAUUCAACAAAUCCCUACCGUGCCUAACUGCAAUUGCUUGUGCUCUACCACCUGAUUACUCUUUGACACAAAGUGGAGACGAUGAAUGGUACAAACAAUCUGGACCAACUGACGGACCUUACAUGCCUGAACCUAUUAAUACAAAUGCUGUUCAGUUGGCACCAGACCUUCCAAAUGUGAUUGUUAGAUUCGCUGAGCACUACCAUGACGCAUGGGCAAGUCGGAAGAUGGGUAAUAGUUGGGUGUAUGGAGAUUAUUGGAGUGAUGAACGAAAAUUACAUCCUCGACUUAAGCCAUACAGUUUACUAGGAGAUUGGGAGAAAGAAAGAUACGAAGAGCCAAUUCGAGAAUCUUUGAAAGCACUUUUAGCCCUUGGAUGGAAGCUUGACAUGGGGGAAGCAGGUCGCAGCUCUCUGCCUAGAACUUCUAAGCAAGCAGAAUCCCCUCAUACAUACACUCCUCAACCUGUGGAUAUGACCAACCUCACACUCACCAAAGAGAUGCAGAAUAUGUCAGAAAGACUCGCUGAGAACGCUCAUGAUAUGUGGGCAAAAAAGAAGAAAGAAGAGUUAGAAGCAUUAGGUGGUGGCAUUCACCCGCAGUUAGUACCAUAUGAUCUAUUGACGGAUAAGGAAAAACGAAAAAACCGCGAGCGGUCGCAAGAAUUUCUAAAAUUUUUGCAGUAUGAAGGUUACAAAGUCUACAGAAUUGCAAGAAAAAUUGCAGGCGACGAAGGAGUUCCUUCCACCCCAGUGGCUGAAGAAACACGGUUCGCUUCAUCCUUGCUUGAGAAACUCAUUCAGUACAUGGAUAUUGUUGCAGUGAGUAUGAAACUGCUAAAGCCAAGCGGAAAUUACAGCAGAAGAAUGAGUUUCAAAACUUCAACAAGAGAUGUCAAAUUCUUCAGCAAAGUUGUGUUGCCUUUAAUGGAAAAAUAUUUCUCUUCGCAACGAACGUUUUUCCUAGCUGCAGCAACUACUACUGCAGCAGCAACGAAUAUUGGAAUAUCGACAGUUAAAGAAAAAGAAAUGGUAGCCAGCCUUUUCUGCAAGCUAGCUGCAAUAUUGCGUUCAAAGAUGAGUGUUUUCGGUAGCGAUGCAAGAAUAUCCGUGAAGUGUUUGCAAGUAUUAAUAAGAGCAACUGAUGCAAAAACAAUAGCCAAAAACUGCCCUGAUUUUGUAAAGACAUCUAUGUUGACAUUUUUCAAUCAAGCUGCUGAUGAUCUCGCACAAUUGGUUCAAAAUUUAUCCCUGGGUAAAUACAGUCAGUUAAGAGGAACUACGAUGAAAACGUCAUCAUCACUAAAUUACAUUCAACUAGUUCUUUUGCCUGUACUAACAGCGUUAUAUGAUCAUCUGGGUGCCAAUGAAUUUGGAAGCGAUUUAAUAUUAAAUGAAGUCCAAGUUGCUUGUUAUAAAAUUUUGAACAGUCUCUUCACUUUAGGAACAAAGGCAGAAUUAAGCAACAGUAGGAAGUUCAUCAAAACUGAAAUGGGCAGGCAUCGACCUGCUCUUGGGAAUUGCUUAGGUGCAUUUGCUGGAACAUUUCCUGUGGCAUUCUUAGAACCUAUGCUAAACAAACACAAUCAAUAUUCCAUUCAUGGUCGACUUCAAGAAACUUCAUUAGAAGCUCAAGCUGUUAUGGCCGAGUUAGAACAGAGUAUGCCUACGUUAGAUGACCUCAUGUCGCAAGUUGAAAAAUUUGUUAACGGAGGUGGAAAGUAUAGUGAAACGCCAGCAGUUAUAGACGUGAUCAUUCCUCUUCUCUGCAGUUAUUUACCGUUUUGGUGGAGCCAGGGACCAGAUAAUGUUAACGUAGAAUCUGGAAACCAUGUAACGAUGGUCACGAGUGAACACUUGAAUAACUUACUGAAAAAUAUCCUGAAUCUGAUCAAACGAACCGCAGGCGAGGAAAAUGCACCCUGGAUGGUAAAUAUUGCUGCUCAUGCAGGGCAAAUUGUGAUUAACUCAUCGGAAGAACUAUUGCUUGACCCUGUGCUUCCACUAGCAGAAAAGAUUGGUACUAGAGCCAUGGCGGUUUUCCAUAAAGAAGAAACCUUGAGGGGAUAUUUAAAAUCUGCAACUGAAGAUACAUCGCAAGUAGAAGGCCAACUGCAAGACGAAUUCAGCUUACUGGUGCGAGAUGUUUAUGCCUUCUACCCUCUUCUUAUAAAAUACGUAGACUUGCAAAGAGCACAUUGGUUAAAGCACAAUAUUAAGGAAGCUGAAGCUGUCUAUAACUACGUGGCCCAAAUAUUUAACAUGUGGUCAAAAAGUCAGUACUUCCGCAGAGAGGAACAGAAUUUCAUUUCUCAACACGAAAUAGACAACAUGACUCUAAUCAUGCCUGCUGCAGCAGGCAGAGGUAGAGCUAGCGUCCAAAAUGUUCAACAAACAGCGACAUCGUCUAAAAAGGUAAAAAAGAAACGAGAUCGAGACGUAAAGCGUGACAAAGAAAAAGAACUUGCCUCCAGUCUCAUGGUUGCCUGCUUGAAGCGUUUACUUCCUAUUGGUUUGAACCUUUUCGCAGGACGAGAGCAAGAACUUGUUCAGCAUGCCAAGGAUAUGUUUCUUAAAGGGAAAGUUCAGGAGUAUGAUAUAUUCGAUUAUAUUAAACUUCAGUUGACUCUACCUGAUAAGAUUGAUCCAAGUGAUGUGAUGAGCUGGCAGCACUACUUAUACAGCAAGCUCGGUACAAAGCGCGAAAGUACACAGAAAGUAUCUCCAGAUGAACUUGUGGAGAAAAUUAUAGACAUGGCAAAAGUACUUUACGGUCUUCACAUGAUUGACCAUCCACAAGGCCAAAUGAAAGGCCUUGUACGAAGCGUAGUAUCUAUGCAAAGAAAGCGAGCUGUGAUAGCUUGCUUCCGUAUGACGUCACUUCAUAGUCUUCCAAGGCACCGAGCGAUCAACAUUUUCCUCCAAAUUUACACAGAAAUGUGGCUAGAAGAAGAAAAUACGGAACAAGAACAGCUCAUUGAAAACUUAACGCAAUCAUUUGAAGAUGCUGAAACAAAGAAGGAAUCCGAAGAGAGUGAAGAAAAGCCUGAUCCAUUGAGUCAAUUGGUAGUUGCUUUCUGUCGAAAUGCUACAACAGAACAAAGCGGAAGUAUGAGUGAAGAUGAUUUGUACAUGCAUUAUGCAGACAUCUUUAGUAAGAGCUGUGGAGGAGCUGAUGAAGAAGAGGAAGAAGAAGGAGGUGAUGAAGAAGGCCCUUCGAUCCAUGAGCAAGAAAUGGAAAAACAGAAGUUACUAUUUCAACAAGCACGAUUGGCAGAUAGGGGAGUCGCCGAGAUGGUACUGCUGUAUAUAUCUGCAUGCAAAGGAGUACAAAGUUCUAUGACAAUGAACACAUUGCGACUAGGAAUUUCAACUUUAAAAGGAGGAAACGUCGAAAUCCAAAAGCGCAUGCUAAAGCAUCUGAAAGAGAAAAAAGAUGUAGGAUUUUUUACAUCAGUUGCUGCCUUGAUGAAUUCUUGCAGCGUGUUGGAUUUAGAUGCAUUUGAAAGGACACAAAAGGCGGAAGGAUUAGGAGUAGGCUCUGAAGGAACUGCUGGCGAGAAAAAUAUGCACGACAAAGAUUUCACCUGUGCUCUUUUCCGAUUUCUACAGCUGCUUUGUGAGGGGCACAAUUUAGAUUUUCAGAAUUAUUUGAGGACUCAAGCAGGAAAUACAACAACAGUAAAUGUCGUCAUCAGCACCGUCGAUUAUUUACUUCGACUUCAGGAGUCCAUAAUGGAUUUCUAUUGGUAUUACUCGAGCAAAGAAAUUAUUGAUCAACCGGGUAAAGACAACUUCUGCAAAGCCAUUACUGUAGCAAAGCAAGUUUUCAAUACACUUACAGAGGUUAUACAAGGUCCUUGUUCAUUGAAUCAACAAGCUUUAGCCCACAGCAGAUUGUGGGACGCUGUAGGUGGUUUCCUUUUUCUUUUUGCCCACAUGCAGGAUAAACUUUCGAAGAAUGCCAGCCAGUUAGAUUUGCUGAAAGAGCUUUUAGAACUGCAAAAAGAAAUGGUUAUCAUGAUGCUCAGUAUGCUUGAAGGUAAUGUCAUGAAUGGUACCAUCGGAAAACAGAUGGUAGACACUCUUGUGGAAUCCGCAAGCAACGUAGAGCUUAUCCUCAAAUUCUUCGAUAUGUUUCUGAAACUGCGAGAACUUACAUCAUCUGCAACGUUCCAGGAAAUUGAUUCCAAAAACACGGGCUGGAUUACGCCGAAAGAUUUCCAGAAAGCUAUGGAACAGCAAAAGAUUUACACGACAGAUGAAAUUCAGUAUUUGAUGGGAUGCUGUGAACCCAACCACGAUGGUUUGAUUGAUUACAGAGAGUUUACUGAGCGGUUCCAUAAUCCUGCAAAAGAUAUCGGUUUCAAUUUAGCGGUCCUUCUGACAAAUCUCUCAGAGCACAUGCCAAGUGAUCCCAGGUUAUCCCGAUUUUUGGAAACUGCCAGCAGUGUUUUAAAUUACUUUGAACCUUUCCUUGGAAGAAUAGAGAUUUUGGGUGGUGCUAACCGAAUUGAGCGAGUUUAUUUUGAAAUUAAGGAAUCUACAAUUGAUCAGUGGGAAAAACCACAAAUCAAGGAAUCAAAGCGAGCCUUUUUCUACAGUAUUGUAACUGAAGGAGGUGACAAAGGGAAAUUGGAAGCAUUUGUAAAUUUCUGUGAGGACGCUAUUUUUGAGAUGCAACAUGCAAGUAGUAUUUCAAUGGAAGAUGAAGAAGAAGCACCAAGCCAUGCGUCGGCAUAUCCCUUCCCUGGAGCAGAUGAUGAACCACCGUCAGCAUUUGAUCCAAUUAAGAAAGGUCUAAAUUACUUGAAGAAUCGAGUAUUAGGAGUUUUGUCGUACCUAACGCCUGCAAAUAUCAAAAAGCAAAUUGCAAUCAUGAAAACAAAAACAUUCCCUGAGCUGGUCAAAGGAUUUUUCUUUACUCUUUUCUACACUGUGUUUUAUAUUGGUUGGACAUUCUACUCGACAAGCAGGAGCAUUUUCCACGUUGUAUUGCUUUUGAUGGGUGGUCAGGCUCUGAUUGAAGGAGCAGAGGAAGAGGUUGAAGAUUUGAAGCCGGAUAUCUGGGCCAAACCAGCCAUAAUGCCUAUAGAAGCUCCACCGCCACUGGAACUACCGCCUAUAGAAGCGCCGCCGGACACUGGAGAACGACCUGUACACGCAUUUGGCGUGGAAAUAACAAAAGAUGAAGCCGGAGGGGAAGCAAAGUUGCAGUUGUCAAAACAAGCCAAAGGUGAAAUGACUCCUCAAUCCAGUAUCGAUCAGUCAGAUCCUGAAGCAGUUAGUGAAGGGGAUGGAAAGAAGACACCAGAUAAGGCACCAACAGAAGAAAUUCCUCAGGUGAAUCACGUGGAAGCUAAAGCCGAUGCCAAACAAGUAGCUGUGCAGUCUGAACAAGCUCAAGCUGCAAUUGCUAUGAUGGUGACGCAAGAACCUGUGAAACCAACGGAAACCCCUGCAGUUGCUGCCAUUAAUUUUAGUGAAUAUGGAAGGAAGCUUGUGAGUUUCCUUGCUCGAAACUUCUAUACCAUGAAAUACUUGGCUUUGGUAAUGGCGUUUGCAAUCAAUUUCAUCCUGUUAUUUUAUAAGGUUACAAUUCCUGGAUCAGAAGAAGAAGAGGAGGAAGGUGAAGAGGAAGAUUCAGAUGACGGCAUUUUCGGAAACACAACAGGUGGCUUGGAUGACGAUGCUAUUCUUGGAGAUGAUGAUGAGGACUUAGAAGAAUGGGUGGUUAUCGAAGAAAAAGUAUUCUACUUGGAGCCUAUCAUUCGACUUUUAGCAUUAAGUCAUUCCAUCAUCUCAUUCUGCAUGUUAAUAGCAUACUAUAAUUUGAAGGUGCCUUUAGCUAUAUUUAAGCGAGAAAAAGAAAUUGCAAGAUCGGUUGAAUUCGACGGUCUUUACAUAUCGGAACAACCAGCUGAGGAUGAUAUUAAAGGCCACUGGGACAAAUUGGUCAUCAGUACAAAAUCAUUUCCAGUAAACUAUUGGGACAAAUUUGUCAAAAAAAGGGUUCGUGAAAAGUAUAGCGAAACUUACGACUAUGAUGCAAUUAGCAAUUUAAUAGGGAUGGAUAAAGGCAAUGCAUUCUCUCAAGAAGAAGAAGGUACUGGAAUAUUAGGCUUGUUAACAAGUAUGGACUGGAAAUAUCAGAUAUGGAAGGCAGGAGUCACAAUAACAGAUAACGCCUUUUUAUACAACACUUGGUAUUUCACUUUUUCGGUGAUGGGAAAUUUCAACUUCUUUUUCUUUGCUGCUCAUUUACUCGACAUUGCUGUUGGUUUUAAAACUUUGCGUACUAUCUUGCAGUCCGUAACUCACAACGGCAAGCAGUUGGUCCUGACUGUAAUGCUACUAACCAUUAUUGUAUAUAUCUACACUGUCAUUGCCUUCAACUUUUUCCGCAAAUUUUAUGUUCAAGAAGAGGAUGAAGAAGUUGACCACAAAUGCCACAACAUGCUUACGUGCUUUGUUUUCCACUUGUACAAAGGUGUGAGAGCUGGUGGUGGCAUAGGUGAUGAAAUUGAGCCUCCAGAUGGCGACGACUAUGAAGCGUACAGAAUCCUUUUUGAUAUCACCUUUUUCUUCUUCGUCAUUGUCAUUUUGCUUGCUAUCAUUCAAGGUUUGAUCAUUGAUGCAUUUGGUGAGUUGAGAGACCAACUUCAAAGUGUAGUGGAUGACAUGGAGUCAAACUGUUUCAUAUGUGGCAUUGGAAAAGACUACUUUGAUAAAGUCCCACAUGGUUUUGACACGCAUGUACAAAAAGAGCACAAUCUUGCAAAUUACAUGUUCUUCUUAAUGCAUCUAAUCAAUAAGCCAGAUACAGAAUAUACUGGUCAAGAAACUUAUGUUUGGGAAUUCUACCAAAAGCGAUGUGGGACUUCUUCCCUGUUGGUGACUGUUUCAGAAAGCAAUAUGAAGAUGAACUCAUGGGAGGCACAAGCUAAAAGUCAAUUACGAUGAAAUGUUGAAUGGGAUCAUUACAUGAAGACAAUCUUUAAAGAUUUCGAUUUUUGUAAAGAAGUCGAUCGAGGAAGAAGAAUAGAAAGAUUGGUAGGACUGUUGACUUCUUGCGAUUUCUGAAAUACUAAACGAAUCGCAUGGGCUAUUUAUGUACAGAAUGUGAAAAUAAAGACAAAGAUGUUUUGCAAAUAUACACUUCACUCAUUAAUUUGCAGCAAGAUUUUUACUUUUCAUAUUUUCAUUGUUUUAUUGAAUUAUUUAAUGGGUUACUUUUCUCAUCAUUUUGAGAAAAUAGUGAAACUAAAGAGAGUGACGCAAAAAAAAGGAGCAUUUUCUGAAAGUUUCGUGAACAUUUUUAACAUCAAUGACAGGUAUGUUUUUACCACUGCUUGACAGUUAAAAUGCAACACCAAGAAGGAGUGGUCAGAAAGUGAUGAAAUUUGGAAAAAAGACAGAGAGAGCAAGGAAUAAUAAAUGAUCUUAAUUUCAAAAUUAAUAGGCAGAAUACAGAGCGAGAACGGCGUCGGCUCAGUAGGAUGUAGGACCACUGUGGUCAGCGAUACACGAAGAAACAGGUCUAGGCAUAGAGUCAAUAAGGGUUCGGAUGGUGUCCAGAGGGAUGGCUCUCAAUUCCCUUGCAACCAUUUGCCACAGAACGAGGCAGGGACAGAGUCUGCAAACGGCAUCCAAUCACAUCCCACACAUGUUCGAUUGGUGACAGGUCAGGAGAGUAUGGUGGCCAGGGAAGCAUCUGUGUGCCUUGGAGAGCAUGUUGGCAGAUGUGAGCACUGUGUGGUCUGGCGUUGAAAAAAAAUUCUGCUGUAAAAUUGCAUUAGGUAGCCCUUGAAGGUAAGGGAUUGCCACCGGCCACAGCACAUUAUCCAAGUAUCGUUUGACCAUCAUAGUGCCAUGAAUACAAACUAGAGGUGAUAUGGAAUUGUACGCAAUUGCGCCCCAAACCAUUAUUUCACGUUGUCCUGCAGUGGGAAGUUCCAGUUACUGCCAGAUUAGAUCUGUCUCCACCACACACGUAUGCGGCGACUAUCACUGGAUAAACAGAAGCGGGAUUCAUUUCAGAACACGACAUUUCGCCAUUCUGUCAUCCACGUCGCUCUAGCCCGGCACCAUACUCAACGUUGCUGUCUAUGUUGUGGGGUCAAUGGCAGUCUUCUUAGCGGACGCCGUGAUUGCGAACCACGUGCGACCAAACGACGGGAAAUGGUUCUGGUUGACACAGGAACAUUCAGGGUAUCUUGCACCUGCUGCAGAAUCGAGGAACAAGUGACUUGUGGGUCUGCUACAGCUUGUCGGUCGAUGCGUCAAUCCACGCGUUCUGACGUCACUCUGGCUGCCCCUGCACCCCUCAAUCUUGCCACAUUUUGUUGUUCCAACCGUCUUCGGCACAGCCGAUGCACCGUGCUCGCAUCCAUGUGGGUAUCAGCUGCGAUUUGACGUAUGGACCAACCUCCCCUUCUCAGUCUGAUCACCAUACCCCUCGUAAAAUCGUCUAUCUGCUGGAAGUGCCUUCGUUGACGGCGGCCUAGCAUUCUCUCGUGUUACACGUAUCCUCCAAGAAAAAAAAAAUUUCUUCGAUAAUUCUCCAGUCAGAAAUAACGACACGUGUGUCGGAGAGCUGCGCACUUCACAUCAUUUACAUAACUCGGUGAUGUACGUCUACUCUAAAAUUUGCAUAAAUUUCUGAACACUCCUUCUUGGUGUUGCAUUUUCAAUGUCGAGCAGUGUAUAAAGUAAAAUCCUUUUCCUGCAACUAACCUCCAAUAACAAGGUUCUUGUAUGAACAAGAUAAAGAAUAAAUUGAUGUAAUUUAUAGAAGUGGAAUACCCUUUUCUUUUGUUGAACCAACUGAAGCAUGCAAGAUUAUGUAAAUUUUGUUUUGUUUAAAGUUGUUUUAGAAAAAUAAGAUAAAAGCUACUGAUGGUAAUUAAAAUUAAGUUCAACUAUUGUAAUAUUUUUUCCUGUAUUGCCCAGCAUCAGAGGGAAAGCCACAAAAUUUGAGGUUCACCAGGUUUUCAAUAAUAUUUGCAGGAUCUUUUCUUAUAUAUUACUGGAAAAACAAGGUUACAAAAAUAUGUGUAUAACUUUAAAAAAUGAAUUUAGUAAUAAACAGUUUAAUUUUGUUUAAAGAUAUAUUGAUAAUGGUAUUUUUUAUUACUCUGAAAAGAAAAAUUUAAUUAAUUACUUUAAAAAAAGUAAAUAAAAAUGAAGCAAACAUUUCUGCUCCUAAAAUUCAAAUAUUUUGUUGUUACAUAAUGAAUUUCAUAGUGCUAUUCAAUGAAUAUAAAAAAUAAACAUACCUUUCUUAUUGGAAUUUAAACUUAAAAAUUUUAACAAAAAUAAAUAAUUGCU